CUUUCUCUUCAGCUAAACUUUAACCGCAGUCACCUUACUCUAAGCGUACUUAGGUUAGGUAGUCUUGAUAUUCACAUAUUGUGAGAGACUACCUGUUAUCAUUUGAUUUUACCACCUCGAACCAAAUCGCAAUCAUGUCAAGGAUAGUAGACGACGUUAAGACAGGCCUCAAAGGUAUUCGCGGGGCCGGUGACGCUAUCCGGGGCGAGGCAAUGGAGGUCACGGAUCAGGCAUUUGACAAUGACCAAACCCACCCGGAAACUCAAACAGCGCAAGCAAAGAACCGAGCGAUUGCAGAGAAGGGGAGGCAAGACGUGAAAAAGGUCGAUGACAUGUUUGCGCAACGCGAGUGGGAACGUAAAGGUGUUCCGAGGACGGAUGCACACACUACAGCACAUCAUUCGAACACUUCUGGGGGAGCAGAUACGCUUGCUCAUUCCACAAAUACUUCAUAACGACGAUCCGGAGACGGCUUGAGUUUACUUAACUCUACUCUAGCUCGAAGAUUCAAGGUUGAACUGAACUAUUACGAGAAUCCAUGAAAAACUUUUCAGCGAAGUUGAGGAUCUGGUCGAUAACGUAUAUGUUAGGUGUCAGGUAGUUAGUUAUUCAUUGUUAAUCACCUCUAUUUUUGUUUUUUUUUGUUUUGGACGAGGUUUCGGCUAGGAUGCUCAUGUCGUUAUCAAUUUGCUUCAUAUACAGCAUCUUAAUAUCAAUUAGAUUAGCUCCCUGCAUGCUUUAAGAGCAACUUGGCAUUUAGUUAUCCGUAACAAUCACAAGCCUGUCGUGUUAGCAUUACGAGGAAGAGGUACUUGACAUUCUACUAC